AUCAACUGGGCCGGUGGGCUCCACCAUGCAAAAAAAAGUGAAGCUUCUGGAUUUUGCUAUGUCAAUGAUAUUGUUCUCGGUAUUCUUGAGCUCCUCAAAGUUCAUAGGCGUGUAUUGUAUAUAGACAUUGAUAUUCACCAUGGUGAUGGUGUUGAGGAGGCUUUUUUCACAACGGAUAGAGUCAUGACAGUGUCUUUCCAUAAGUUUGGGGACUUCUUUCCCGGUACAGGGCAUAUCAAAGAUAUUGGUGCUGGUCAAGGGAAAUACUAUGCCCUAAAUGUCCCAUUGAAUGAUGGGAUGGACGACGAUAGUUUUGGUCGUCUAUUUCGUCCCGUAAUUCAAAAAGUCAUGGAGGUCUAUCAACCUGAUGCUGUCGUUCUUCAAUGUGGGGCUGAUUCACUGGCUGGAGACAGGUUGGGUUGCUUCAACUUGUCUGUCAAGGGCCAUGCAGACUGCCUUAGAUUCCUCAGAUCUUUCAAUGUCCCUCUAAUGGUAUUGGGUGGUGGAGGUUAUACCAUAAGAAAUGUUGCGAGGUGCUGGUGUUAUGAGACAGCAGUUGCAGUUGGGGUAGAACCAGGAAAUAAAUUGCCAUACAAUGAAUAUUAUGAGUACUUUGGCCCAGAUUAUACUCUUCAUGUUGAACCAAACCCCAUGGAGAAUAAGAAUUCACCCAGGGAUCUGGAGAAGAUCAGGAACAUAUUGCUUGAGCAACUCUCACAAUUACCUCAUGCACCUAGUGUGCCAUUUCAAACCACUCCUUCUACAACGGAAGUUCCAGAGGAGGAAGAGGAAGAUAUGGAUCAAAGACCAAAACCACGUAUAUGGAAUGGAGAGGAUUAUGGGUCUGACGCUGAUGAAGAUGAGCAUCCUAGACAACGAAGUUCAGAUAGUAAUCUUACUCCAGUCGAAACAACAACUGACAUGAGGGAUGUCGAUGACCAAGCCAAAGUAGACGACGACAUGGUUGAUGCCGAUCACUAGUUCAAAGCUAUCUUCUACAUCUUGCCAAGUGCAAUAACUGAUAAUUUGUUCUGGGUUGAAAUUACAAGCCAUGAUCUUUAAACCUUCCCCUCUACUUAUCAAUUGUUCCUCAGUCUCCUGUGCUAAAAAUGGAAGUAGAAAUAUGAGCUGUUAUACA